AUGUCAAAACGACGCGCUGAAGACGAGCUCACAAAGGAUAACCAGCCCCUGGACGACGAGGAGGAUGACCCCAGAUUUCUGCCCGUGGAUCCCGUGAAGCGGGCCUCCAAGGAUGUUUUGGCAGGACGCUCUAUUGCCAAGCCUCGCUCGCUGCUUCGCGGAGCAGGCUCUGGUGGAAUCUCGGCGCCCGCCCUUGCUGCCAAUCCGUUUUCUGCAAGUCUUGGGAUCAAGCCGGUUGCGGAACCCAGUCAGGAAGCUGCGGCUCCUCAAAAUCCAUUCUCGUUUCUUGGAUCCAAGCCAGCGGCUUCUGCAUCCUCAUUUGCAGCCAAACCGGCAACUUCUUUGGUUUCUGUGUCCGCUAAUCCACCUACUGGUGCCCCAGCGCAGUCGCACAAACUCAAGGUCGCUGCUUUGAAUACUAAGUUUGCAGAGACAAUUGCAAGCUAUGCCAAAGGCAACUCAACGGGUGACUGGACCAAGGCAUGCCAAUCAUAUAUUAAUUACCGCCAGCAGCUUAACGACAGCGCUAGUUCCAGUGUUAAUGAGCCUUCAAAUGUGACUGCCGAUGUGUCUAUGGAGAGCGAAGCUCCCGCUGAACAGGAAAAGUCUGCUAGUACUUCAUCGUCAAUUACAUCUAAUGGGUUCAAGUUUGCCGGCUCGUCAAACGAUGCCGGGUUCAGUUUCGGAGGCAAGACUAUUAAGAAUGAGGCUGUCGACAGCAAGCCGUCGAGUGUGCAGGGAUUUGUUUUCAAAUCUGAUGCCGAGAAGGCAAGCAGCUUACCGUUCAAAGUAGUGGAGGAAAAACCCACAGAGAAGCCUAAAGAUGAGCCCAAGGAGAAACCAGCUUUUAGCUUUGGUACCCCAACUACGGAAAAACCAGCUUUCACGUUUGGUAGUAAGGAUGCCUCAGAGUCCAAAUUCACAUUUGGUGAAGCCAAGGACGACUCCCCUCAAUUCAGCUUUGGAAAAGCAGCUGAAGAAAAGCCCAAUUUCACAUUUGGUCAAGCUGCGGAGGAAAAGCCCAAGUUCAGCUUCGGCGACAGUGGCGACAAGCCCAAGUUUAGCUUUGGCGCGAACAGUGACGGCCAGAAGUUCCAGUUUUCAAGCGGUGCUGCUCCCUCCGGAGACAAACCGGCGUUCAGCUUUGGCAAUGCCAGCAACGAAAAACCCAAGUUCACAUUCGGCCAGGCUACUGACGGCGAGAAGCCCAAGUUCACAUUUGGCGCGUCUACUGCGUGGACUCCCGGCGAGAAGAUCAACUUCGAUCAGCCGCCUGGCAAUGGUGAAUCCAAAGCCGAAGAAACCACCAAUGGAGAUGGAGAUGGUGACGAGGGUGCUGGCGAAGAAGCUCAAGCUGGCGAGGGUAUUGAUCUUUCUGGUAAAGGUCCCGGUGAAGAGAACGAGGAUUCCGUCUAUGAAAAGAAAGCUAAAGUCUACGAGCUUGUCGACGGUCAAUUCAAGCCGGUCGGGCUUGGCAACUUGCGAGUGCUCGUGGAUAAAGAGACCAACAAAAGCCGAGUGCUAGUUCGUGCAGACGGCUCAGGCCGCGUGCUGGUGAAUAUCGGCCUACGAAAGCAAUUGAACUAUACUCACGAAGGCAACGGCCAAGUGAAGAUUUUGGACUUCUCUGCUGCUGAUAAACCGCCUGUCACAUAUCUCGUGCGGGUGAAAACUGCCGCUGAUGGCGAGGAACUAAAGGCGAAGCUUGAAGAGGUGAAAAACUAA